AUGACGCUGGAGUCAGAUGUUCAGGGGAGGCUGGAGGUUUUUCACAGCGGCUCAUGGGGGACAGUGUGUGAUGACUCCUGGGAUAUAAAAGAUGCUCAUGUGGUGUGCAGACAGCUGCAGUGUGGAGUGGCCCUCAGUAACCAGCAGGUACCAGCCUGGUUUGGUCCUGGUUCUGGACACAUAUGGCUGGAUGAGGUGGAGUGUGAGGGGAAUGAGACGUCCCUGUGGAGCUGCUCUUCUCCAGGCUGGGUAAAACAUGACUGUCAACACAAGAAAGAUGUAGGAGUCGUGUGCUCAGAGUUUAAAGAGAUCAGGUUAACUGAGGGCUGUGAAGGGAAUCUGGAGAUUUUCUACAAUGGAUCCUGGGGUAAUGUGUGUUACAACCAGAUGGACAGAGACACAGCGAGUCUGAUCUGUCAAGAGCUGAACUGUGGAAGAUCUGGCAGUGAACCCAGUUAUUCAGAGGGACUGAAGCCUCGUAACUGGCUUGAUAAUCUUAAAUGUCGACGACAUGACUCCACUUUAUGGCAGUGUCCCUCUUCACCCUGGGGAAAGUAUGACUGUGAUAAUGAAGUGGCCAAAAUCACCUGCUCAAAGGAUCAGAUUCUUGAGUCACCUAAGAGUUUUCUGACAUGUUCUACCUCACCAUCUCCAAACAAGAGACAGUGUUCAAAUCAUGUUCCUCUCAGACUGAGUGGAGGAGACGGCCGGUGUGUUGUGUGGCUGAAUAGAGUCGAGUGCAGAGGGAAUGAGGUUCACCUGUGGGACUGUCCUCUCUCCCUGAAAAACCACACUGACUGCUUCCGCAAAGAGCGCGCUGGACUCACCUGUGCAGGUCACAACAAACACUGA